AAUAAUGAAGUGAAUGCAUAUUCUUCGCAUCUCUUCGAAAAUUCUCAAACUUCUUGUAAGUUUCUUUCUCAGGGUUUUUUUGUGUGACGAGAGAAUUGAAUUGGAUUCCGGCUAAGCUGUGGAUCUGAUCGGAGAUUUCACCGUCGGCGGUGGCUGAUUUUGGCUAACCAACUGUUAAGACUGUGAUUUAGAGAGAAUUCGAUAUCCCAAUUUUGUCUGUGGAAUUGGAUUUGAAUUCAAUUCAAUUCCGGUGGAGCUGUGGAUCUGAUUUUAGCAAAUGAAUUGUUGAUAGUGUGAUUUUGGUGAGAUAAAGAUUUGAUUUUGUGAAGAGCGUGGAAGUGUGAGGAGGGAGGAGGGAGCCAAUGAAGAACGGGGCAUUAGAAUGCAGUGUGUGCCAUUCGAAAUUGGUUUCUCCAAAUUCUAGAACAUAUUCGAAGGCUUAUGAUCGACAUAAGAUCAGGGUUUCAUCAAAGCAGCGUGCCCUUAAUGUACUUUUGGUCGCUGGUGACUGUGUCCUAGUCGGUUUGCAGCCAAUUUUGGUUUAUAUGUCCAAGGUGGAUGGGAAGUUCGGAUUUAGCCCGCUUAGUGUUAACUUCUUAACUGAGGCUGCAAAGGUUCUGUUUGCAAUUGUUAUGCUUUUGUUCCAGGCGAGGCAUCAGAAAGUGGGAGAGAAGCCCCUUCUAUCAAUUUCCACGUUUGUACAGGCAGCUCGUAACAAUGUUCUUCUUGCUGUUCCAGCGCUUCUUUAUGCUAUCAAUAACUAUCUAAAGUUCAUCAUGCAGUUAUAUUUCAAUCCUGCAACUGUGAAGAUGCUGAGUAAUUUGAAGGUUUUGGUAAUUGCUGUUUUACUGAAGAUCGUAAUGAGACGCUGGUUUUCUGUAAUUCAGUGGGAAGCUCUUGCUUUGUUGCUCAUUGGAAUAAGUGUAAAUCAGUUGCGCUCUUUACCUGAAGGUACCACCGCUAUGGGCCUUCCAGUUGCAAUGGGUGCAUGCAUCUACACACUGAUCUUUGUGACUGUUCCAUCUAUGGCCUCUGUCUUUAAUGAAUAUGCUCUGAAGAGUCAAUACGACACAAGCAUAUACCUACAGAAUUUAUUUUUAUGUGGGUAUGGUGCUAUAUUCAACUUUUUAGCAAUAGUGGGAACUGCCAUGGUCAAAGGACCCGGUAGCUUUAACAUCCUGGAAGGACAUUCAAAAGCUACCAUGCUUCUAAUAUUUAACAAUGCUGCCCAAGGAAUUUUGUCCUCAUUUUUCUUCAAAUAUGCAGAUACAAUUCUGAAGAAGUACUCUUCAACGGUCGCAACUAUCUUCACAGGCAUUGCAUCUGCUGCAUUGUUUGGUCAUACUUUGACCAUAAACUUUAUCUUAGGAAUCUCUAUUGUGUUCAUCUCUAUGCACCAGUUUUUCUGACCACUUGCAAAAGUCAAAGGACAGAAGAAUGGAAUGACGGAACUAAGGGAUGUUCCUGAGAGACUCAAGUCAAAAGAUUCAUUCCUAGAUUUGGCAGCAGCAGCAAAUGAAGAGACUAUUCAUCGUGUAGGACAUGAUGAAAGACAGCCUCUACUCCCCAGCUAAAGUUUCACAGAAUAUUUUUUACAUUAGAGAGGUGCAACUACUGUGAAGAUAUUGACAUUUCUUAAAAUCUUAUCCGCUAGAUAUUAAAGGUGCGCUGCAGUGAUCUUUGCUUUUCAGGAAUUCUUUUAGCAGGACUUGUUGGACCGAACAGAAGAUAAGUCUAUUGUAAGAAUCGGAAAAUAAAUUCAAAAUGGAAGAGUUGUUUUACACAUUUGAGAAUCAUUUCCUGCUUCUUUCGCCCCCCUCCAGUAGGUGUGGUGCCUUUCAAACGUGCAGAUGCCCGAGUCAUCUAGGUUUUACCUUCCUGAGGCUUGACAAAGAUUAGCAACAUGGGUUGUCGGGUACCUGGUUUCCGAUGUCUUGUCUGCCUCUUGAACACUAAUAGGUGGUUUUUUUUGUUGUUUACCUUAGCACAGUAGAGAUAUUGUUUUCCUAACUAAAGAAUAAAAAGGGAGACAGUUUAAUGGAAUAACUUCACACACUUUUUCAUUUACA